UGUCAACCAUCGCUUUCUGUCAAACAUAACUUUUCUAGCUGACGUGUUGACGCCGAAAUAAUUCUCAAAUAAAUUUUGAAUACGUUGGAAAAGUGUGUUAAAAACAAAAACUAAAAAAACAAUAUGUUCGACAUUCAAACACACAUGGACUUUGAUGGUCAGCACAAAGCUGAAAAGUACUCUCGCUUCAUCAUAACACUCUUCGGCAUCGUUGGCUUGAUUUGGGGUGCUAUCAUUCAACAAUUUUCACAGACUGUGUACAUCUUGGGCGCAGGAUUCUUGCUCGCUGCACUUCUCACCGUUCCACCAUGGCCCAUCUAUAGACGUCGUCCAUUGAACUGGCAAAAACCACGUCCAGAAGUCACAACCAACGGCGAAGAAUCAAAGAAAAAGAAGAAAUAGUUUUAAGAUUUGUAGGCAUUCCGAAAAAAAUAAAAAAAAUCUUCCUCUGAGAAACGAAAAUAA